AUGCCUCGACGCGCUGCCUCGCCGGCACAAUCCGAGGCUGAAGUCGACAUUCUUGGCUCCCUGUUCACCGACGGCGCUGACGACGACAAGACUGGUUUCCAGGCGAGCCACGCAAAGGAUGGGUUUGGCUUCGACGCGGGUGGAAUCCUUGACGCCGAUGAAGAUGGCGACGACGCGGACGGAGACGAGGCCUUUAUUGCCUUGAAGCAGGCUGCUUCUUUCAGGAAGAACUCAAAUGUCAAGGGCAAUUCUGUCAAGAAGGGCGGCGGUUUCCAGGCCAUGGGACUCAAUGCCAGUAUGCUACGAGCGAUCACGAAAAAGGGAUUCAAGCAGCCUACCCCGAUUCAGCGCAAGGCUAUUCCCUUGAUCAUGGAACGGAAAGACGUCGUCGGUAUGGCUCGAACCGGUUCGGGAAAGACUGCCGCCUUCGUCAUUCCUAUGAUCGAGCGCUUGAAAGCACACAGUCCCACCGUUGGUUCGAGAGCCCUGAUUCUGUCGCCGUCUCGUGAGCUCGCCCUUCAGACGAUGAAGGUUGUCAAGGAGUUUGGCCGAGGCACAGACCUGAAGACUAUUCUGCUAGUGGGAGGAGACAGCAUGGAGGAUCAAUUUGGAGACAUUGCCUCAAACCCCGACAUUAUUAUCGCUACGCCCGGUCGAUUCUUGCAUCUCAAGAUUGAAAUGAACUUGCAGCUGUCGGCAAUGCGGUACGUGGUCUUUGACGAGGCCGAUCGACUGUUUGAGAUGGGUUUCGCUGCCCAAUUGACGGAAAUUCUCCAUGCUUUGCCGCAAAACCGACAGACUCUUCUCUUCUCUGCGACGCUUCCGGCAUCACUGGUCGAGUUCGCACGAGCCGGCUUGCAAGAUCCUAGCCUGGUCAGAUUGGAUGCCGAAUCCAAGGUUUCACCCAACCUCCAAAGUGCUUUUUUCAGCGUCAAAGGUGCGGAGAAAGAGGGAGCACUUCUGCACAUUCUCCAAGACCUUAUCAAGAUGCCGACUGGUCUGCCCGAGGGCGUCGAGACCGAGUCCGACAAGAAGUCGAAAAAGAGGAAGCGAGGCAACGAUGCGGGUGGCGGCCGAGGCAAGCCAACGGAGCACUCGACGAUUGUCUUCACAGCAACCAAACAUCAUGUCGAAUAUCUCCAAUCGCUACUGAACGAGGCCGGAUUUGCCGUCUCAUACGUCUACGGUUCCCUGGAUCAGACUGCGCGACUGGAGCAUGUUGAGAACUUUAGGCAAGGACGGUCCAAUAUCCUGGUAGUCACUGAUGUUGCUGCCCGUGGUAUUGAUAUGCCCAUGCUGGCCAACGUCAUCAACUUUGACUUUCCGCCUCAACCAAAGGUCUUUGUUCACAGAGUUGGUCGUACAGCAAGAAACGACCAAAAGGGAUGGAGUUACUCCUUGGUGAGAGAAAGUGAUGCGCCGUACCUGAUUGAUCUACAAUUGUUUUUGGGAAAGAAACUUGUGCUCGGACGAGAGGGCGAGGACUCAAAGCUCACCGAUGACAUUGUGGUUGGCUCUCCUAUGCGUAGCAAGGUCGAGGCCCAUGUCGAGUGGUUGAACAAGGUAUUAUUGGAGAAUGUUGAUAUCAGCACUCUCAGAGAUGUAUCGGCAAAGGCUGAGAAGCUCUACAUGAGGACCCGAAACUCGGCCUCGAGUCAGAGUGCCCGACGCGCAAGAGAAGUAGUCGCUUCAAAGGCUUGGGUGGAGUUGCACCCCGUUUUUGGAAAGGAUGCCAGUGCCAUGGAAAAUUCAAGGGCCGAAAUGCUUGCUAGGAUUAGCGGUUACCGCCCACCCGAGACAAUCUUUGAAAGCAAACUCGUCAACGGUAACAAGGUAGCCAAUGGUACCGCAGCAGAGGUUAUGCGAAACCUGAGGCAACGCGUCACGCCCCGGAAUCAGGUCAAGAAGGCUGAAGCCUCGAAACAGGCAAAGGAGGACUCAGAAAUGGAAGAUGCGGACGCCGAUGGUUUUGGAGAAGAAGAUUCCGAAGUGGAAGAAGCGGCCGCUGCUGAGUAUGACUCGGAUUCCGAACUUGAAGUCACUGUGGGAGACACCAAGAAGUCGGGCGGUUCGGAUCCAAAUUCAUUCCAAGACUCAGAAGUGUUCAUGUCAUACACGCCACGAACUAUCAACGCCGCCGAGGAACGAGGUUACGGUGUGCACACAGGCGGCAACUUUGUCGAGUCGGCACGAGACGUGACGAUGGAUCUGACCAAUGAUGAGGGAGCCAAGGCCUUUGGACUACCCACGCGGUCAAAGAUGCGCUGGGACCAAAAGAGUCGCAGAUAUGUCGCUCGUGACAAUGACGAGGACGGUAGUAAGGGCGCACGCAUGAUUCGUGGUGAAUCUGGCGCCAAGAUCGCCGCCUCUUUCCAGUCUGGCCGAUUCGACAAGUGGAAGAAGUCCAACCGUGUACAGCUCCAGCGUGUGGGAGAAAUGGAGAAGAUCAUGCCGAACGGCCCUGGAGGUCAGGCUGGCGGUACAAGAUACAAGCACAAGAUGAUGAAGGCGCCCAAAGAUGCCGACAAAUUCAGAGACGAUUACCACGUACGGAAGAAGCGUGUCAAUGAAGCCAAAGAGAACAGAGUUGGGCGUUUCAGGGAUGGUGCUGGUGACAAGAGGGAAAUCAAGGGUGCCGCAGAUGUUAGAAAGGCUAGACAGCUCAAGCAACAGAGGUUGGAGAAGAAUGCUAGACCUAGCAGGAGGAAGUAA